CCCGAGGUACCACUGUACAGUGAAGGCGGCUGCUUGAUACCAAUAGGCACGAAACAAGACAAACUCCUUUCUUUUGCUGUUACGCUUUGUUUACAAAAGAUUAAAUGAGUCGGGAAGUGUCAUAUCCCUAUAAUGAAGCGUGCUACUCUGCAGUUUCCAAUCUCUAUACUGCAACGGUGCAAAGGAUGGAAGGUUCUCUCCAUAGAGAUAUCAGUAAACAGAGUGAUCCCCCGAAUUGUGCCCAUGGCUGAUGGCGAGUUCCGAUUUUUUUUUUAGUGGGCGUUCACACCGAUCGUCGCAUCCAACUAACACUUCGCUUGCCAGCGAUUGAUCGAGUUGAGAACGGAAGCUGUGGUCACGACGUGUCGUAAAGCAGUCGGACCUUACGUAGCUGUAGCCGAUUGGCCGGUCUCUUGAGGCGGGACAGGUAGGGUUACGCCUCGUUAGGUAUGUUUAGCGGCGCGGUUGUUGCUGUGCUGGACGUGCAAGUGCAGUCUGCACCUGUUGGGUUUCUGCCUGUCGCGUCGAGAAAUUGCACCGGUUGGGUGUCUGCCUGCUGUGUUGCUCUGAAGUGCGUGUGACGUUGCGGGGAGGUAAGGAAGGGGAUCUUUGUGCUUGCUGGGUGGGAGGAUGGGGAAGACCCUGAGGAUGUCUAAAGGGCAUUAAUGGUUUUGUAGCAGCUGAAUAUCUUUUUUAAAAAAUAAUAUUUUUAUUAGGAAUUUCAACACCAUAAUUUUAACAAAAAUACAUCAUCCACAUUGUCCCCCCCCCAUUUUCCCCCACCCCUCCCCCCGUGAAUAUAUGCCAACCCUCCCAUUCCCUCCCCCCGACUUCCCUCAGCUCCUAUUUCUGGUUUCUCAACCUAUGUUUUUAUCUGCAUGAUAUGAAAUUGUAGAGAUCCUCAGUUUAUCUAUCUAUAUAUUACCAAUAAAUAUUUUGUGAAUGUUUAUUCAAAAAGUAGCAGCUGAAUAUCUUAUCACAGGUAGACAGACAACUUUAGUAAGAUAGAGAAUAAUGUCAGGCAGAGUAUCAUGAUAAGAUGUGGUUUAGUUCCUCCGCUUGUACUGCAGCCAGAGGCAUAAUAGGUCUGGAUUUAAAUAUGUUACUUUUAGCUAAAAUUGGAUCUUGUCAAGCACAAAUGUCAAACUAGGAGAUUAUUCAGUUGUGUUCUCUGGUGCAGCACAGAGAACCUACCCACGUAUAUUAAUGCAGUUGUUACUUAAUGAUAUUUACCGUAUUUUUCGCCCCAUAGGACGCACUUUUUCCCCUCCAAAAAUGAAGGGGAAAUGUGUGUGCGUCCUAUGGGGCGAAUGCAGGCUUUCGCUGAAGCCUGGAGAGUGAGAGGGGUUGGUGCACACCAAUGCCUCUAGCUCUCCAGGCUUCAGGAAGCUAUCCGCAAGCCUUGCAAGCCCGGCGGGAGGUCCCACGGGCUCACAAGGCUUGCGGGCGGCAGCCUUCAGCCCGAAGCAUGGGGCGCCCUCCAGAGGGCGCCCCGUGCUUCGGGCAGGUGUGCGCAAGGCUUGGGGCUGCAGCCGCGGCUGGGGGGGGGAAUAAUUUUUUUUAUUCAUUUCCCCCCAAAAAAACGAGGUGCGUCCUAUGGGCCGGUGCGCCCUAUAGGAUGAAAAAUAUGGUAAGUUGCAUUCAUUAGAAGCAUUUUCAAUUUACUCAAAAUGUUAUUUGGCCUUCUGCAGGUCUCCUUUGGGAUUUGUUCUUGUUUCUGCCCUUGAAGGAGGAGGCAUUGGGUGGGUGACAGAUCCCAGCCAUGCCCCUUUCAACCCAAGGGGAAACCCAAGGUGAAGAGCAGAAUGUGCUGGUUGCAAGUCUUGACAAUGUCAGAAACCUCUCCACCAUCCUGAAAGCUGUUCAUUUUAAAGAUCACGCUACCUGCUUUGCAACUGCAAAUGGACUCAAGGUCACAGUGGAAAAUGCCAAGUCUCUGCAAGCCAAUGCUUUUAUUCAGGUUAGAUGGGAACAGUUUCUUUCCUUUUAUUGUACUAAUAGGCUUUAAUUUAGCUGGAAGAAGUAAAUAAACAUGUUAGAUAACUUAUGAGACUUCAAAAGGAGAAAGAAGUAUUAUGAAAGACUAAAAGAAUCUUGCUGUCAUUUCUCAGAGACAUUUCUCUGUGUGUGAGAGAAUAUUUGAAAGCAUGCCGUUGUCCCAAUCUGGCAAUGUAUGUCUUCUACAAGUUAGCAUCUCCUGCUUGCUUCUUACUACUCUUAUAAUAUAAAGUUCUAUUCCCUUUAAUUUUUGCCUUGCCACACUGAAUUGAAUUAAAAGGACACAUCAUGUUGCCAGUUUGCCAAGGCUUAGUUCAAUUCAGUGGUAGGGGUUGUAUUUUGUAACAGUUUCAUCUUUUUGUCUUCAGUUUCCUGUCUUUCUAAUUUACAGGCAGGGGUUUUCCAAGAAUUUACAGUACAAGAAGAAUCUGUGAUGUUCAGAAUCAAUCUAGCUGUCCUUCUAGACUGCUUGACCAUAUUUGGGACAAGUUCUUUGUCAGGUAUUGCCUGUGUGUGUCUUUUAAUGGGUUAUGUAGACAAGAUGGACAAGUAAUAAAUUGAAUAACUGUAAUAAAGACACCUUUCUUUCCUCAUCGCAGGCACUCAGACAGCCCUCCGGAUGUGCUAUCGGGGUUAUGGUUACCCUUUGACGCUUUUCCUGGAGGACGGUGGUGUGGUGACUGUAUGCAAAAUCAACACUCAGGAACCAGAAGAGAUCCUCGAUUUUGAUUUCUGCAGCACAAAUGUUGUGAAUAAGAUCAUCCUGCAGUCAGAGGGGCUCCGAGAGGCAUUUUCCGAACUAGAUAUGUCCAGCGAAGUAUUGCAGAUUACUGUAUCUCUAGAAAAGUCUAAUUUGAGGUACUAGGAAUAACUAUCCUAGUUUGAUAGUCAAUGACUACAUGUAUUGUGACUGUGAUUUCAAAUGCACUACAAGUUUCUGGCAUAAAUAUAUCCCUCUUUAGGGCAGAGCCUUAGCUCAGUGGUUAAGCACAUAUGCAUUCACAUUGCCUGGCAUCUGAAAAGGAUCUCAGAGUAGCAGGGGGGAGGAAGAUUUAUUCCUCGGAAUUUAAAAAGCAACAGUACUGGACAGUACUGGCCAAAUUGAUUGACAGUUUCAUGGUACAAGACACGUGUCUUAUGAGAGAGCUAGGGAUGGUCUUGGGAUUUGAAUUUGACUUUGAUUUGGGAGACCUGUGUUCUUGCCUAACAUCUAUCACAAACUUAACUGUGAGUUUGAGGGUAGCUAAUGCAUUUUUCUCGUUUUCUCUUUCAGACUCUCCACUUUUGGGAAUGCUGGAAGCACACAUCUAGACUAUCCUAAAGAUUCAGACUUAAUUGAAGCCUUUCACUGUAACCAAAGCCAGACAAAUAGGUGAGCUGGAGUAGCCCAUACAAUAACCAUUUGGUGUGACUGGUCCUGUUUUUACCACUCAAGUUCAAAUACCAAUCACAUGAUGGUUGGUUAUUUGCAUUAACUGAGCUGCAUGUACUCUGCCAGAAAGGUUAUACAAUGGUACCUCGGUUUACGAACUUAAUCCGUUCCAGAAGUCCGUUCUUAAACCAAGGCGUGCUUUCCCUAAUGAGGCUCCCGCCGCCGGUGCCUUUCCGUUCGGAUUCCGUUCUUAAACCGAGGUAAAGUUCGCAAACUGGGACACUACUUCCGGUAUUGUGGAGUUCGUAAACCGAAUUGUUCGUAAACAGGACUGUUCUUAAACCAAGAUACCACUGUACUGUAGCUUGAAGACAGAUCACUCAUGGGAAAACAUCUCAAGUCAAUAGAUAAUUGGCAGUGCCCUCUGACCAUGCUGAUUGUACUCAGUCAUUAGGGAUUUAACCCCAACUCAGGGAACUAGGUCAGCAAAUCUGUUGAUGGUAUAGUGUGAGGGGCAAAUACACUUUUAUUGAUUAUAAUAGAAUUGAUCUUAGAUAUACAGAUAAACUAAAAAAUAUAUACUAAUACUUCAACUCGCAUUUUCAACAUCAUAAUGUCAAUGCAAAGGAGUAAGGCCCCCGGCCCAGACAUGGUCCCGUUGGACCUUUUCCUGACUGAUCCUCUUUGGUGGAGCGAACACCUGACUCCUGUAUUCACCGCUAUCUCCUCCGCCCUAGACAUCCCCGACUCCUGGAGAGAAGCUAUAAUAGUUCCGAUCUUCAAAGGCGGCCAGCCAAACAUCCCUAGGAACUAUCGCCCCAUCAGCUUAUUAUCCAUCCCGGGAAAAUAUUUGCCGCUGUUUUACUGGAGGAACUUCUCUCAUGGGUCCAGGAGAGGAACAUUCUACCGCCAGAACAGAUUGGUUUCCGAAAGUCAGCGUCAACCAUGGACCAUUGUCUAACUCUCUUUCACCUUGCCAGUAAAUACACUGCUCCAAGGCAAGGCCAUCUAUUUGCCGCUUUCAUGGACCUGGAGGCCGCCUUUGAUUCCAUUCCUAGGCAGAGAUUAUGGUCCAAACUUGCCCAUCUGGGAAUUGAUCCGCACCUUCUCUCCCUAAUUAUCUCCCUUUAUUCAAACACCACAGCUCGCGUCCGAACUAGUCCAAACGGCUCCCCCACUACUCCAUUUCCAACGGCCAAGGGCGUCCGACAAGGUUGCCUCUUGGCCCCUUUACUGUUUAAUCUCUAUCUUCAUGAUGCAAUUUCCACUUUGAAGCUAGCAUCUAAGUAUCCUCCUCACUUAGCAGGCCACCCGUUGCUUCCCUUUUCUAUGCUGAUGAUGCCGUCAUCUUAUCCAGAACAGCUGCGGAUCUAGCAAAUGCAGUUAACGCAUUUAUCGCCUAUUGUAAGGCGGAAGCUCUUAAUAUUAAUUAUAAAAAUCGAAAGUCCUCCACUUCACUCGUUCCCGCAAACUCAAGUUGGAGCCGCUUAAGAUCACAGGUGGCUACUUAGAAAAGGUAAAAGCCUUUAAAUAUCUAGGAUUAAUAUUCACCUAUAAUCUCUCCUGGACCACCCAUCUACAAUCUGCCUUUCUCGCUGCAACCACGACCUCUAACGCCAUUGUCCGAUUUUACCACCAGAAGGGCGGCAAACACCUUCCAGCAGCAAUUCAAAUAUUUAAUGCCAAAGUCGUCCCUAAAUUAUUAUAUGGAUGUGAAGUAUGGACUACAGCAAUAUCAGGUAACCUGGAUCGUCCACUUCAUAUGUUUCUAAGAUCUCUUUCCGGCGUCCCGAGAUGUGUCUCAGGUGCAGCCCUACGACUCGAGUUCGCCCAGCCUUCAAUUGCUAGACGAGCAUGGAGCCGAGCCAUUUCCUACACCCUCCACCUAUUAGCAUCGGAUGCUCGAAUUAGAGGUGGCUUUUCCAAUCUGAUCCUAAGAGAUAUUCAUAAUUCCCUUGGAGAACUACAAUUAACCUCAAACUCCGCUCUCUUCUCAAUUUGAAUUGUAAAACUGUUCUUAACUUAGAGUGUAUCAGCCCGGUGGCCCUACCCCUAAUUAAAAGAAACUACAGCAACUUGACUUCUCCAACACAGCUUCUUGUGCAAGAGGACCGUGUUCAGGCCUAGCCCUAGCUAUUCCACCCCUGAAGGGAUCCCUCUAUACUGCUUCACAAUUUCUUCGGAGACUAAGCGAAGGGCUUUUACCUGUGCCCGUCUCAACUGUUUUCCUACAGCAGUUCUGUCGGGUCGUUAUUCCAGAGUUCCCAUCGCAAACAGAACAUGCUCCUGUAAUGACACGGCCCUGGAGACUAUGGAACAUGUAAUGCUCUUCUGUCCCAACUGGACAGAUGAAAGAUCUCGGUUUUUAACUCCCCUCGUGAAUAAGUUCCAUCUCCCAAUCCAGCCUUGGAUAGUGUCCCUCUUUUUGCAGGACUCUGAUUGUUGGAUUACUGAGAUGACAGCUAACUUCCUGCUUAGUGUGAUGAAGAGGAAAGCGGCACUAACUUCUUCCUUAACACCACAGAUGCAGUCGAUACGCCGCACAACCGAACGAAGUUCCAAGUAGCCUUAUUGUACAAGGACAAUCGAGUUAGGACUAAUCUGAGGAGCUGAAGGACCCUUCAACGGUCCUCCUCCAGCCUCAGCAGCUUCUGUUUUUUUUUUUUUGUUUUUUUUUCCACUCUCUCUAAGUAUUCGCCCAGGACGAUGUCUACCUCUACCUCCCCACCCCCAUUUUAUGUUGUUAUUUUAAUGUAUAUCAUGCUAUGGCCACUCGGCUAAUGCAAUAAAUCUACUUACAAUACUAAUACACAUGCACACAAAAGAAGGAAAUGCAUAAACAUUGCAUUUGAGUGAAAUUAUUUCCAAAUUGCUCAUUAUUUUCAACAAAUAAGUUCUCUAGUUCCUUUGCCUUGCUCACUAUUAUAAUAUUAGUCACCUGUAACCACGUGGGCCAGUUCCCAUAACCUUAUUAUCCCAUCAUCCAGGAAGUGAGUGAAUUCUACCCUGCUCCCCAAUUAUAACAAGUAACCACACAAUGCUGCUUUUAGCGUAUUCCCGGUUCUAUAUCCACCAAUAAAAAUGCAUCUUUAACAAACCUGGAUAGGAUUAUCAGUAGAUCUACACAGACCAUGUUUCCUCUGGGACAGUUUGUCUUAACAUCAUUAUUUUGAUUAAGAUAUUUUUUUAUGUGCUCUUAAGUAUUUUAGAGAACUUACUCAAAAGGUUUGCCUUUGUUGAUUUAACAUUAAAUUAUCAAACUUCAAGCAUUUUUAAACAUUGCUGUUUCUGUAAGUUCAUCUUUGUCAAUAAGUUUGUGUCUUAUAAUUGGUAGCAACCUAUUAGCAACUAUUUUGUCUUCAUACUUCAUCUUGUCUUCCUCCUAUUUCUUUACAGAUAUAAGAUUGCAUUACUGAAGCCAUCAACUAAAGCACUAGUUUUAUCCUGCAAGGUGUCUAUUCGAACAGAUAACAGAGGCUUUCUCUCACUGCAAUACAUGAUCAGGAACGAAGAUGGACAGAUCUGCUUCGUAGAGUUUUACUGUUGCCCUGAUGAGGACAUAACUGAAGCAGAGAUUUAGCUGUGAAGUACAAACUGUUAUUUUGUUCCCCCUUUAUUAAAAGCCAUAUUGGAUGCUCAGCUGUACAACAAUGAAUGAAAGCUUGGACAACCAGUUGUGGGAUUUACUUACCUCUGUUUUAGAGGCAAGAUCUUUUGCGAUGGAUAAUUUGGCCUCUUGACAUGUUUGGAAAGAGUCAUUGUGUAUGGUGUAUGGUGAAGCUUUUUUGGCAAGAAAUAUAGAACGACCAUUCUGACGACCAUUCAUUGGAAACAGUACUUAUCACAGAGGAAUGCAACUUUUCCUAAUCGUUACCCUAAGUAUAUUUUAUGUGCCCUGUGGAAGUUGGGCAGGGGAUCAGAAGCUGGCAAUUUCUGGGAGGUGCACAGCUGCUUCCCCCAACCUGUGGCCUUUCAGAUUUUGCUGGAUUACAGCUCCCAUUAUCCCUGACCAUUGAACAUGCUGGCUGGGGCUUACAUUGGAUGUGACCUAGAAACAAGGAGGCAUGCUUAACAAUAUUUCUGUCAAUAGGCAAUAUUUCUGGAUCUAGUAUAUGACUAUACAUUUGAUUUCCCUCCUAUUCACAUGUUACACAUUAAUUCAUUGGGUUCCUAGUCACAACCUUACUUGAUGUCGGGGAAACGGUGUCCCCAGAAAUCUGCAAAACUGUCCUUCUUAUAUCCCCCCUGUACUCCUUCACUGUUGUGGGCAGGAAGAAGGAACAUCAAAAAACGCACAUAUAGGACUAUGCUUGGAGGACCUGGAUCAUUUUCUUGUGCUAGGGCUCUCUGAAUGCCCAUUCCAUCUAAGAGCAGCACCAGGGCAAGGUAUCUUUCCAUGUACAAUUAAUAUGCACGAUUGGGCUACAGGCUAUGACAUAAUUAGCUAAUAACCUGAUUGUUGCAGCCUUGCUUUUCUCAUGGUGCAUUAGGGAUAUAUUUCCUUGUUUCCAGUGACUAGUCUUGCCGUUUGUCUAGAGAUCAGGGAUUGAGCAGCGUAGCAGUGUCUCUCUCUUCUGUUUCAUGUUGGUCCCUUCAUGUACAGCAGGAACCCUGCAGAAAAGGAGGAGAAGCUUUACCUUCUCCCAACAGUUUUUCAUACCUAAUGUAAAAAUCAUUUUUAGUUGAGGGAAAAAACCUUUCAUUUGGCAAGACACAAUUGAGGGGGGGGGAACUUUCAUUUGGCAAAACACAAUUGCUGUCUUGCAAAUUCUGAGCUGUCCAGGCUAAGCUGAAGAAAAUAAAAUACUUCUUCAUAGGACAAUUGUGCUACUAAACACGUGCUGUUAAGCUCUCAUUUAUUUACUUUAUAUUUGUUGUUAUGGUUUUUAAUUGUUUUUAAUAAUAGGAUUUAAAUAUGUUUAUAAUAUAAAGGCUGCUCUUGGAGCAUAUUUAAACAGAGGCUUGGACAAAUCCACCCUCUGUGGCAAGUGUGGUUCUGUUCUCUGAUGAGUGGCCAGCCAUCUUCUCAACUUUGAAGAGGCAAAGGUAGGCAGAGUCACACUCUGAAACCCAGAUUUGAAGCCUAGACAUUCUGUUGUUUGUGAUUUUUCCUGCACCCCCCAUAGUACAGCCUAAACUCCUGAUGAAACUUACAUCUUCAGCAUGUCCAGGAGCUCUCGUAUCUUUUUCGAUUUCCUGUGACGGGAGCCAUAGAUAGCAACCUGGAUCUGCUCACACUACAUGGAUGUAAAGGGAAAGAGGCCAUUAUUUCCUUUUCGUUAUUCUGUUCAUCCCAGUAUGUACAGCGGACAGCAUUGUUUCCUAGCGUAGGUUAAAGUAAAACAAUCUGGAAAAUGCACCUGCUCUGACCUAACUGUGGUUAAGAGGCUAUCUUACUAACACAGUUGGUCCUCCUGUAGCUUCCUCUUUCGGACAAGGUGUGGUGGUGCCUCAUGGGCUGAGUUGAACAUUAGAACCUAGGUGCAGGCUUGGACCCUGGAAUUUUACAACAUGAAUGGGGAACCUGUGGUGCUCCAGCUGUAGCUGAACUGUAACUCCCACCAUCUUUGACCAUUGGCUGUGCUGGCUGGGUCUGAUGGGAGUUGGAGCCCAACUAUAUCUCGAGGGUCACAGGUUCCCCAUACCUGCUUUACAACAGAUUUCCCCUCUCCCUCAAAAAUAUUCAUAGCUCUUUAGCAGCUGUUCAGUAACUGGGCAGUGUAUCAGUUCCGUUGAAUUCCAUUGCCCAGCCCAGAAUCUGUGGUGAUCAGGGUAGUGAUGGAAUCUCUCAGGGAGCUGGUUCCUAUGUAAGGGUUUAUGGACAGCCUCCCCAACUUGGGGCUUCCAAAUGUCAUUGGAGUCUAAAAAUCUAAGCCAGAACUGGCCAAUGGUCAUGGGUGAUAGGAGUUGUAGUCCAACAACAGCUAGAAAGUACCCAAUUCUGGGAGGCUUACUUAGGAGAUCAUUUUAAUUGUUUGGGACCUAGCCCUUGAAAAUAUAGUAUCUACCUUCUAUAGGGAAUUUUCACCCUUUUUUAUAGAAAAAGAGUUGCCUUCAUUUAAACUUGCAGUGUGAUUGCACAAAAACAUGGUAAUUGAUUACCUUACUGAGCAGCUGAAAAGCCUCCUUUAUCUUCAUCUCUGCUAGGCAGAUGCAGCCCAUAAUAUACAAUCUUUCAAUUGCUUGUUCAUUAAAAUCACUGCAGGGAUCAGGCUGAGAUAUAAAUGACUCUUUGAGUAAGUUGUAGGCUUGCUGAAUAAGAAAAAGAUUCCAUUGCAAUGUCUUAAUUGCUAUAUAACAUGAAUAUAUCAGUUAUCUCUGGGGGGUUCCGUGUUGUGUUAGGGGUGUGUACACACACACACACACACACACACACACACUGUUAAGGAGAAACUGUUUCCAUUCCCUUAAUGAAAUAACACCCAUUUCUGAACCAACUUAAUGAUCUGGAAAUUCAGCACUGUUGAUUUACUGCUGGAUCUCAGCAAUAGAAAUUCAGCAAGGCUGCAGUCCUAUACCCAGUUACCACCAUUGAACUCAAUGUGACUGAGUAAACAAGUAUAGGAUUGCAGUGUUGGUUCUAUUUUCUUAUGAGGCAAGCUUUGGUUUUAUUAUAAGAUGGACUGAUCUAUAAAGACACGAGGACCUUAUACUGUCAUAGUGCUGAAUGACUUAAAAUCAGAUUUAUACAUGAGACCAAGCUGUCAUGGCAAUAGGAAACAACUAGGUAACUUUGGCCAGUAUUUUCUGCCUUACAUUCUCCUCUGGGUUGUUUCUGUCUAUCGCUCUUUCGCGCUCUCUCUCUCACACCACACCCCCCGAAAAGAGAGAGAUGUCUGUGGAAUGUAUCUUGCCACCCCGUAGACAUCCAAAAUAAGUUUAUCAGCCAAAAAGGCAGCAGCGCAACAUUUCAAUUCACUUCAGGCAUCAGAAAAUCCCAUGCUGUCCCUGCUUGGCACCAGGAAAGUAGCAGGCAGGGAUGAGGAUAGGGUGGCUGUGGACAGGACUCUAUUGGAAAGGCUGUCUAGUUUAAACAUUAAGAAGGGAGAGCAGAGGGGUAUUGAGUUUGCAGAUACCUAGAUGCGUAAGCAAGUCCCCUGUUCACAGUCUUCUCCAUUAUGGUGAAAAGUAGUGUUCUUCUUCUAAUUGAUUUAUAGCAGUUAUUUCUAAAUUUGCACCUAUAAAUUACCAUCUUUUUGUAAAGGGCUUUGAGGCUUUUUACAACCAAGUGGUGUAUAAAUUUUAUGAAAUAAAUAAACAUGCUAUUUUUAUGU